GUCAUUAGGCUCGGAGCAUGCGCAGAGCGAACCGCGUAGAUACGACUUAAAUUAUGUAGGUGCAACAAACUCGCUUAAUAUACGACCUGACAAUACUGUCAAGUCGAGCUGUGCAUCAAUGUCAAUGCUUUAUCAUCAACACCUCGGAGACAGACAAGCGGACAACAUUGCUCCUUUACAUGUACAAGCUUGACCAGCGGGGGUUAAAAGGAGUUCCGAUCUACCUAAGAUAUUCAAGAUGGCAACGGAAUACGAAGAUAAAAGUAUCGCAUGGAGUUAUCACGAUGAUGGCACGGCCGAGUGGGGGAUUCAUUUCCAAGAGGCGAAUGGCGACUGUCAGUCCCCGAUCGACAUCAACUCUCGCGAGGCUGUGUACAGGGAGGGCCUCAACCAACCCCCCUUGGAAGUCAACUACGCCCUUUGUAGGGACUGCGAUCUGAUCAAUACCGGCACCGGCAUACAAAUCAUCUUCAAGUACAAACCAGAUGUUGGGAUGUCAGGCUUACGAGAUACGAGCUUAGAUCCCGUGCCCAAGUCAGUUCUAAGCGGUGGACCUCUACCCCAGAAUUCAAAGUUCGAGUUAGCUGCUUGUGCUUUUCACUGGGGGCAGAAAGAUGAUAGAGGAUCAGAACAUACUGUUAACUUCAAGGCUUAUCCUAUGGAGCUGCAUCUAAUCCAUUGGAACAGUUCCACGUAUAGCACGCUGGAGGAGGCGAUGGGUAAACCACACGGUAUAUCCAUCAUAGCUCUCUUUAUACAGGUUGGUCGGGAACAUGCCGGCCUUCGAACUUUCACCGAUUACCUCGAAGCCGUUCAGUACAAGGGGAGAACUCUAGCGGUAACAACACCAUUUCAUCCAAGUUGCCUACUGCCCGAUCCUCAACUGCGGGAUUUUUGGACGUACCAAGGCUCCUUGACCACACCCCCUUGUUACGAAAGGGUCACGUGGAUUCUCUUACGGUAUCCACUCACGAUAUCUAUCUCACAAAUGGAAGAAUUCCGUCGACUAAAGAAUCACGUGAAAGGCGAUUUCUCCUUCCGGGGCGAGGAGGGUUUGCUGGUCGAUAACUUCCGGCCGACACAACCCCUUAACGACAGGACGAUAGAAGCAUCGUUCCAGUAGGGAUUAAGAUAAUGUUCUCACCAAAAUUAAUAAUUUCGUCUGAUGUAAUCUUUCGUCAUUAAUGUGUUGUGAGUUGCAUAAAUAUCUUUAAAAGAUUUAAAUAGCGUAUCGAAUCAGAGCUUUAUUAUAUAAAGAGCAG